AUGGAGAAAGCUGCACAAAAGGACCGAAAAUCUCAUAUGCACGCUAAGCAGGUCUCCAAAGCAGUUGAGCCCAAACCUGACACCAGUAAGCAAACCCUGCAGAAAGUGAGCAAUAAAACCGUGAUAACUGGAGGUGCUGGAAACUUCGGGUUUACCCUCGGCCGUGCUUUUGCCAAAACAGGAACGCACGUCAUUCUCUAUGAUAUUAACCAGCCACCCUGGGAAAUCCCCAAAGGAGUUGUGCACAUACAGGCUGAUGUGAGAAACUAUGACGAUCUCUAUGCUGCCUGCGAAGGAGCCGAUUGCGUUAUCCAUGCCGCUUCGUAUGGAAUGACCGGGGUAGAACAACUGUACAAGAAACAGAUUCGGUCUGUCAAUGUUGGAGGAACCGGAGUGGUCCUUGAAGUCUGCAAGCGCCGGAACGUCCCCAGGCUGAUCUACACCAGCAGCAUCAACGUGGUGUUUGCGGGACAGACCAUCCUAGACGGCGACGAGGCGAGUGUGCCGUAUUACCCCUUGAACAAGCACCGCAACGAAUAUUCCAGAACCAAAUCUAUUGCAGAACAGAUGGUUCUAGCAGCCAAUGGAUCUUUCCUAGCAGGAGGUGGCAAGCUGUACACAUGUGCUCUCCGCCCACCAGGCAUCUAUGGGCCAGAAGAACAACGACAUUUGCCCCGCCUGGCUUUGAUUAUCGAGCGAGGGUUCUUCUUGUUCAAACUGGGGAGUUCGGAUGUCCUGAUGAACUGGGUGCACGUCAAGAAUCUUGUGCAAGCACAUAUCCUUGCUGCUGCAGCUCUUACUCCAGAGAAGAACUACAUAGCCGGCGGGCAGGCGUAUUUUAUCCACGAUGAUGAAAAAGUGAACCUUUUUGAGUGGCUCUCUCCCCUGUUCGAAGGUUUGGGUGUCAGCAAACCAUGGAUGCGUCUUCCCAUUUGGCUUGCUCAGCUGUCAGCGCUCAUAAUGGAAAGUGUGGUCAGUCUUGUAACGCCAUUUCUCGAACUUGUCCCGCUCAUCACCAUGUACGAGGUGCACAGUGUGGCUUGCACACAUACCUUCAAAAUAGAUAAGGCGCGUGCUCACCUGGGCUAUGCCCCGAAGAAAUACUUAUUUGCUGACUGCAUAGAGCACCUUUUGAAAAAGAGACCUCGCCAGAAGAAUUAUUUCUGGCUAAACGUCUUCUUCCUGAUGGUCUUCCUCAUCGGUGCGAUUGUUCUAGCUUUGAAAUCCUCAGUGGUUGUGAACUUCCUCCAGGUUACCUGGGAAAACAUCCCCCAGGUUAUCUUGGAGAAUAUGCAGUCUCUUCAAAAAAUAAGUCAGCUAUGA